ACCGCCAGAAGAAAAGGCACCCGUUCCUCCCCUCUUCUACCUCCCAUCCUUUGCUCAGGAGCUGCCUUCAUCGCAGUCACGCCCCUUCCUUCCGAGGAGCGAGCGUUCUGGCUGCGUUUGCUGGUAGACCCCUGAAUUACUCCUCCGUCUCCGUUCUCUUUCGUCUCUUCUCUUAGUUCUCGCUGCCUUCCCCCCCCCUUACCACCACCUCCAGCCUUUCUCGCCUACCACUAUCCGCUGCUCCACCCUCCGGCCCGGUAUCCUGCCUGCCUGUCCACUGCGACCAAGGAGAGACCCGAAGGAGCAGCGAGGUGCGGAGUAGCCGGGACCUGGGGCUUCCUCCCUACCCAUCCCCGGCCUCUGGCCCGGGACCGAAACCCGCUUGAGCCAGCAGAGAGAGUCGUCACCUUGUCUUCAUUGCCUUCAGGGCUACUGAAAAGGCUAACAGAAGUGAAAGAAAGAACCGUUGACUCUUUAGAAAGAAGGCUGAGAAACUAAAGGUAAUCAUAAUAGUGACCAGUGGUUGGACACUUGCCGGCGCUUACCCUGCACCUGAGUGUUAGGGGAGAGGGAAUCUGCUGCUGCGGUUUCUGGAGCUGCUCAUAAGCAAGAGUUCCCUAUCCUGAUCAAGGCUUUAAGCCUAAAAGAAAGCAGAAAUAGGUCAAGGGCAGCCCAAGUGCCCCAUUUCUCUCUCUCUUCACAAAGCACCGCCAGCUCUAGAGAUGAGAAAUUCUGAAGAGCAACCAAGUGGAGGAACGACGGUAUUGCAACGCCUGCUUCAAGAGCAGCUUCGCUAUGGCAAUCCCAGUGAGAAUCGUAAUCUGCUUGCCAUACACCAGCAAGCCACAGGGAAUAGCCCUCCAUUCUCUACUGGCAGUGGGAACCCAGUCCCUCAGAGUGAUGUGUUGAGUCCCCAGGAUCACCACCAGCAGCUUGUGGCACACCCUGCUCGGCAAGAACCCCAGGGCCAGGAAAUCCAGUCAGAAAACGUCAACAUGGAGAAGCAGCUGUCCCCUCGAAUGCAGAAUAAUGAGGAACUCCCAACCUAUGAAGAAGCCAAGGUCCAGUCCCAAUACUUCAGGGGCCAACAGCAUGCUAGUGUUGGGGCUGCUUUCUAUGUCACAGGAGUCACUAACCAGAAGAUGAGAACCGAGGGACGCCCAUCAGUUCAGCGACUCAAUCCUGGGAAGAUGCACCAAGAUGAAGGACUUAGAGAUCUUAAGCAAGGGCAUGUCCGAUCCCUGAGUGAAAGACUAAUGCAGAUGUCACUGGCCACCAGUGGAGUUAAAGCCCACCCACCUGUUACCAGUGCUCCCCUCUCCCCGCCACAACCCAGUGACCUCUACAAGAAUCCUACCAGUUCCAGUGAAUUCUACAAAGCUCAAGGGCCACCUCCCAACCAACAUAGUCUGAAGGGCAUGGAACACCGAGGCCCCCCACCAGAAUAUCCUUUCAAGGGCAUGCCAUCCCAGUCUGUAGUGUGCAAGCCCCAAGAGCCAGGGCACUUCUAUAGUGAGCAUCGCCUGAACCAGCCAGGGAGAACAGAGGGGCAACUGAUGAGAUAUCAGCACCCCCCUGAGUAUGGGGCAGCCAGGACAACACAGGACAUCUCGCUGUCUUUGUCAGCAAGGAACUCUCAGCCUCACAGCCCAACAUCUUCCUUGACAUCCGGCGGUCCCUUGCUGCAGUCUCCACAAUCUACUAGAUUGUCUCCUGCUCAACACGCCUUGGUCUCAAACCAAGGGGAACACUCUACUCACCUGCCGAGGCAGCAGCAGCAGCAACAUUUUCAUUCCAAUCCGAGCCACCGGCUCUCCCAGCCUGCCCUGCCUCCUCCAGCACCACAGCAGCAGCCAGGAGACGCCUACCCAGCCAUGCCUCGGGCUCAGCAGUCUGCUUCUUAUCAGCCCAUGCCAGCUGACCCUUUUGCUAUCGUCUCUAGAGCCCAGCAGAUGGUUGAGAUCCUCUCUGAUGAGAAUCGGAACCUGCGCCAUGAGUUGGAUGGAUGUUAUGAGAAAGUGGCAAGACUACAGAAGGUGGAGACAGAAAUCCAGCGAGUCUCAGAGGCAUAUGAGAAUUUGGUGAAGUCAUCUUCCAAAAGAGAGGCUCUGGAGAAAGCCAUGAGGAACAAGCUGGAGGGUGAGAUUCGAAGGAUGCACGACUUCAACAGAGAUCUGAGAGAACGUCUUGAGUCUGCCAACAAGCAGCUGGCAGAAAAGGAGUACGAGGGGUCAGAGGACACCAAGAAAACCAUCUCUCAGCUCUUUGCCAAAAAUAAAGAAAGCCAGCGGGAGAAGGAGAAGCUAGAAGCAGAGCUGGCUACUGCUCGUUCUACCAAUGAAGACCAAAGGAGACACAUUGAAAUCCGAGAUCAGGCAUUGAGCAAUGCCCAGGCAAAGGUGGUGAAGCUGGAAGAGGAGCUGAAGAAGAAGCAAGUGUAUGUCGAUAAGGUGGAGAAGAUGCAGCAGGCCCUAGUGCAGCUCCAGGCAGCCUGUGAGAAACGCGAGCAGCUGGAGCACCGACUGCGGACACGUUUGGAGAGGGAACUGGAAUCCCUUAGAAUCCAGCAGCGCCAGGGCAACUCUCAGCCCGCCAAUGCUUCAGAAUACAAUGCUGCUACACUGACGGAGCUCCUUCGGGAAAAGGAGGAGAGAAUUCUGGCCCUGGAAGCAGAUAUGACAAAGUGGGAGCAGAAGUAUUUAGAAGAGAAUGUGAUGAGACAUUUUGCUCUGGAUGCUGCUGCAACUGUGGCUGCACAGAGAGACACAACAGUCAUUAGCCACUCUCCUAACACCAGCUAUGACACAGCCUUAGAGGCCCGCAUCCAGAAGGAAGAGGAAGAAAUCCUGAUGGCCAACAAGCGUUGCUUGGACAUGGAAGGAAGAAUUAAGACCCUCCAUGCCCAGAUUAUUGAAAAGGAUGCCAUGAUCAAAGUGCUGCAGCAACGCUCCAGAAAGGAGCCAAGCAAGACAGAGCAGCUGUCAUCCAUGAGGCCAGCCAAGUCUCUGAUGUCCAUUUCCAAUGCUGGCUCAGGCUUGCUUGCCCACUCGUCUACCCUGACUGGUACCCCCAUAAUGGAGGAGAAGCGAGAUGACAAAAGCUGGAAGGGGAGCCUAGGCAUUCUUCUGGGUGGAGACUACCGUGCUGAGUCUGUCCCAUCCACACCUUCACCUGUGCCUCCAUCUACUCCCCUUCUCUCAGCUCACUCGAAGACAGGCAGUCGAGACUGCAGCACCCAAACCGAACGUGGAUCGGAAUCAUCCAAAACCGCAGCUGUCACUCCCAUCUCUGUUCCAGUGGCUGUUCCAGUUGCUGCUGCUGCCACUGCUGCUGCCAUCACUGCAACUGCUGCCACCAACACUGCCCCAGCUGCCACCAACACCACUAUCAUGGUAGCUGCUGCUCCAGUUGCUGUUGCUGCUGCUGCUGCUCCAGCUGCUACUGCUGUCGCCAAUGCCCCAUCUCCAGCAAAUGCUGCUGCUCUUGCUGCUGCUGUCUCUCCAGCAAAUGCUGUCUCUCCAGCAAAUGCUGUCUCUUCAGCUGCGGCUGUUCAGAUUCCAGCUGCUUCAUCUCUUACUUCUGCUACUGUUUCUCCCACUCCUGCUGCUGCUGUUGCUGCUGCUGCUGCUGCUUCUGCUUCUGCCGCCACUACUGCUGUUCAGGCUGCUCCAGCUGCUUCGGCUCCGGUUCCAGCUCCAGCCCCGAUUCCGGCUCCAGCAAUGGCUCAGGCUUCUGCUCCGACUCCGACUCAAGCAUCAACUCCAGCUCCGAAUGCAGUUCCUACUCCAUCUCCGACUCCAACUCCUGCUUUGGUUCAGGCUGAGGGUUCUGCAAGUCCAGGUACCAGUUCUGGACCACUCCGUUUGUCCACACCAAAUCUGAUGUGCAACCCAGACAAGCCAGAUGGUCCUGUUUUCCAUUCCAGUACUCUGGAAAGAAAAGCACCCAUUCAGAUCCUGGGUCAAGAGCCUGAUGCAGAGAUGGUGGAAUAUCUCAUCUAAACAGCAUAAUCAAGAGCUGAAGUUAUCAGCAAGAGUUCUUUUAAUCAUUUUUCCCUUUUGUUUGUUUAAUCUGGGGCGAUGAUGGGGUUGGGAGGUGGGGAUGAUUUUUUAAAGGGACUUUUUAUUGGACUAUUGCAGUACUUAAUUAAUACCAUGAGAAUUCCAGUCUAUUUUAUAGGGAGUACCUCGAAAGGAUAGGUUAAGCAGGAUGGGCUCUAAAGCUUAUUGUUGGGAUUGAUACAAAUCAUGGACUAUCAACAGGUAGUAAUGUCCGUUGAUUUGAUUUGUUUUGAAAUUUCCCAAUUUGAGGUCAUUUUUUUUUUCAUUGAAGAAUACAGUAUGUGUGGAAGGCAGUUUGUAACACGUAGUUCAGAAGUGGAAAUUCAGAGAGAAUUUGAAGACUUGCUGCUUUGUCUAGUGACUGCCUAGACAACAGCCAUAGAGAGUUCUUACUUUGAACUGAGAAAAGAAAAACAUUUAGGAGCUUUGGAAGCUGGAGAAAAGGAAGAGUAUUGGGGUUAAGAAGGGUACUGGAACCAAUUCUCUCUCCUAGUUGCCAGUUACCUGCUCCCUCAUGUUGAUGGUAUUUAUCUCCAUUUCAAUGGUGCUUUGGAAGUGGAUUCUUCUAGUUCCCUCCUGGAGGUUCAUACAUUCAUAUAUAUACUCUGGAAUAAUUUAUGCAUUUGGAUAAUUAAUAUAUUGCUUUCAGAUCGUAGGAGAGUAAAUAAACAGUGAUGCAUGAAUUCCUCUCUCCUAGGGCGUUAGAUGUUAGAAGCCUUAAUGGAGGGCUUCAUGAGAUGCUGCAUGUGGGCUUUAGUGGUCGGGGUAUAGUCAUGAACAUGGCUCAGUCACCUUAAAUUAGACCAGUUGACUGACUUAGCCUGUAUUUCUUCCCCAAUGCAGAUUCAGUGGCUGGUUCACCAGUCUUUGUUUGCCAACAAUUUGCAAAAUGAGGAAACAUCUUUUUGACAGGUUGAAUGUGUUGAAUUUCUGGGUAGUACUUUGAAAUUUUUCAUUUUUGCUUUUGCAAAUUCUUAGCAUGUGUCUUCAAAGGCAUAUGCAACCAUCAGCUCCAUGGAAAUAACGUAAGAAGUCCAAAGUACCAGGCUGCAGUCAGGAGAGAGGUUGAUUGCAGCAGUCUCCUCAACUACCUCUUCUCACUGCCAGUGACUCCAUCUUGGAAUCCCUUUGGGAAGCAGUUGAGAAUGUAUACACGGGCGGGACCAAACAGGGAGCCUUGCCAUAGGGCUGCCUCUAAAGGACACAGACGGUGUCCGUUGUCACAGGUCCUUGUCCUUAAUCUCUGCCCUUCAUUAAGGUGAUAGAACUGCAGCUAGUAUCAUUAAGAUCAGUUUUCUGGGGUCUAGGGAGGGUAAGGAGUGCAGAGGUGGGGGUUAAUAGGUAAAGGGGGAUAGAAAUUUAGUGAUAGGUUAAGUUAGAAAUCAGAUUGAUAGAUGGAAGCCUGUAUAUUAUGCCAUGGGCUUCAGUGAUGGGAAGGAACUUUAUCUAGCAAUGUAGCUCUACCUUCUCAUUUUAGUGAUGAGGAAUCUGAGACUUGGAAAAGUUUAGUGACUUUUUCAAGAUCACACAGCACAUCUAUCUGUUCUGCCAAUUACUACCCAUUUUGGGAAAUGAUUCUCUCUCUCUCUCUCUCUCUCUCUCUCUCUCUCAUAUAUAUAUAUAUGAAGAGCCUGUUUUGAAGAAAAGGCAUCUUUCUAGUCUGGGGUAUGCCUACUUUAUGAAAAUCUUAUUGGUUUGACUAGAUUGUUUGGGUUUCUGAAUUCUUGUCUCUGCUGGAGUGCCUUGUAUGGAACUGUUCUCUUCCUCACCCCAUUUAAUCAUUGAGCUACAUGAAAUGAACUCCUAAGAAAUCAACUCAACUGUUUUUCACUAUAAAAUCAGGUGUCUAGGGUCAUUUUAUGUAUUCCUCUGUGAGUAUAAGAGUGCUAUAUUUACCUGUAUUCUUGUGUAGUUCCUAAUUACCUUCCAACGGAUUUGUGUGUGUGUGUGUGUCUGUGUGUGUGUGUGUGUGUGUGUGUGUGUGUCUGUAUAAAUGAGGGAAGGCAAUACUAUAGCUUUUAACUAGUUUUUCACAUUAUUAAUAACAAAAUUAUCAUCCAGUACAUUGGUCCUCAGUUAAACAGUGAACACCAAAUAGAAAUUGAAAAGCAUUAAUAAUGCUCAUUCACAGCAAUUUUUAUUGCAAGAAAAAAAAUCCUUCAGACAGUAGAAGAAUCAGGCAGCAAGCACCAGGAGAGCUACUUUCUGUCCAAGCAAAUGAAUGUAAAUGAAAGAAACUUUUCCUGUCCCCUCCUGAUGACAGCACAUUGCUAGGAUCAGGGCUGACUCUGGGAGCCAUGAUUCUUAUUGCAUUCUGGAAAGUGACAGAUAUGAUAUGUUCCUCACUGUGUGGUAACCAUCACUGUAGAAUUAUGUGUUUGGGGAAAGAAGGAAGUCCUUGCUGAAGUACUAUUUUGAACUUUCCAGAACCUCUCUGGCCUUCCACACUAGAGGAAGUCCUGUUCAGUUUUUAGUCCCAGACAAUUUGCGAGGACAUUGUAUGUCUAAGAGAUCGAGGAAGACUAUGUUGCUGUAGUCUGUUUAUGGACCACACAGAUUCCACCUUUUGAGAAAAUUUCUACUAGCUAUCAGUUUAAAUUUUCAGUUAUAUGGGAUAAAUCUCAAAUUAGUCCCUCCCCCUCUUCACAGCUGUGUGGAUGUAACAUUUGGAGCCUCUUCCUGGAAUUCCUCCUAUCUACAGUAAAAUUUAUGCAUUUUCCUGGCACCCCAGAAGAGGAAGGGGCAUUUGUUGUCUUAACUUUUACUGUCUGGUGGUCUAUGAGGAUCUUAUAAUUCAUUUGUUACCUGCAAUGUCCCAUGUCCAGCAAAAUUGCAUUUGAUUGAACUAUACUUGAUAGAAAACUGUUAACAUAGUUGGGGAAGUAUAAUCAGCUUAAACUUCCUUUGAAAGUCACAUACUGUGACUGUUGUCUUAAUGAAGGUUUGAAUGUCAGUGUUGCUUUUGAGCUGCAGGGUGAUGGGACAGUAGAAACUUGAAACAUCUGCCAUAAUCUGUGACAGGAAAUCUAGCAAGAUCCCUGUUGUGUUGUCUUUUUACUUUUGCACUGUUGAGUGGGUCUAAUAUACUGAUUCCCAAGCUACUUUUUAUGAAGAAUCUAAAUAAUGUGGCAGCUUAAAGUAUAGAUGUAUGUGCUCGCUUAAUAAAUGCACAUGUCUGUUAGCCAUACAAUCUGUUAUCUUAAAUGCUUACUCAUACAUGGAAUGUGUUACUUAAAAUAUGUUCCUUCUUCCAGAAAAUGUUCUCAAAGGAAGGUAUUGGCUGUGGGUUCACUGUUACCAAUUGCUGCCUACCACAAUCUUUAGAAAUUCUUCUUCCAAGUGCCACCAUUGACAGCAGGACAAGGGUUUAGAAGCAUACACAUUUUCUUCUGGUAGCAAGGAUGGGUUACGAGAAACUUUCAAAUCUCCUUCUGACUGCCUUUGUUAUCAAUGGCAUGCAUUUAAUAAAUGGCUAGAUGGGGUUGGCAGAUUGUUCAAGAAGAAUUACUUUUGGUUUAAUAUAUGUGGUCUCUUACUGGUUGUGAUCCUAUUCUGUAAUCAAGAGAGCUAGAUCAAAUAAAGUUAAGCAGGUUAAAUCCA